CUGUUGCCUUCCCUUCCCUACCCCGUCUACCACUGCUACUAUUUCCAAUAAUGGCAGACACAGUAACAUCACUGAAACGCCCAAGAGAAGAAACACAAGUAGUAGAAGAAGAAGAGGAGAUUAUUAUGGAGGAAACGAAACGUCAAAAACCCUACCAUCACAUACUCUCUAUUCUGGAAGCAGAGGAAGAAGAGCCUCACCUAGAUGAUCUCUCUUCUCUUAUCACAACCCUCCAGCAGGAACUCUCCUCCACCUCCUCCAACUCCAACAGCUCUACCAUUCCCUCAGAGGCUGGCUCCAUCGAUCCCCCAUCCAGUUGCAGUAGUGAGCCCAGCUCCUUGUCCUCGUCUACAUCUUCGUCUCCCCUGCUCUUCAAAGACUAUUCCGAGGAGGAGGAAGAAGAAGAGAAGGGGACGACGACGAGUUGUAGUAAUAUUAUGAGACAUCUUCUUGAAGCAUCGGACGACGAGCUUGGGAUUCCACAGACCCAGAUCAGAUCAGAAGAACUACACUUUGGUGAUGGUAGUAAUGAUGGUAAAGGAGUAACUGGGUUCUCUUUGUUUGGAUUUCAUGAUGAUGGCUUGUGGGAUUUCGAAGAUUUCACUGCUAACUACUAUACGCUUUUGCAAUCUGAGUUCUUCAUGUAGUAGUGGUAUUUCAAUG